UCACAAUAGUUGUGGCUGAAGAAGCGCACGGGGCGGUCUUGUUUGUGUCGGUGCCACACGCAGCACAUCUGCGGCCAAAAUGCGCAUCGAAAAGUGCUAUUUCUGUUCGGGACCGGUGUAUCCUGGACAUGGAGUCAUGUUUGUACGAAACGACUGUAAGGCAUUCAGGUUUUGUCGAUCUAAAUGCGUAAAGAACUUCAAAAAGAAGCGUAACCCUAGAAAAACAAGGUGGACCAAAGCUUUCAGAAAGGCAUCAGGAAAAGAGCUGACAGUGGACAACUGUUUAGAAUUUGAAAAACGCAGAAAUACUCCUGUUAAAUACAACAGAGAACUGUGGGACAAGACAGUUCAAGCAAUGAAGAAAGUGGAAGAAAUAAAACAGAAACGACAGGCAAGAUUUAUCAUGAACAGAUUAAAGAAGGGCAAGCAAUUGGAAAAGGAAGAAGCCAUCAACGAAGUCAAGAAAAAUAUCCAUCUUAUCAGAGCUCCACAUGCAGGAAAAGCCAAACAAAUGGAAGAAAAGAUGGUGCAAAAAUUACAAGCAGAUGUCGACAUGGAAGAUUAAGAUUUAUUAUCAGAUGAACACAACAAAUUUGAAUAAAGAUGUUAUUGUGUUGAACUGUAGCAUAUAGAUACAGUAACACAUACUGUACAGUUUUCAUUAUUUCAUGCAUUUGUCUUAUGAUAAUACUUUAUUUUCAGUUACAUUUUGGUGAUCUUUACUCAUUUAGAUCUAUCUUAAUGCAAGGUUUAUUGUCUUGUACAAACUUAUUAAAUGUCUCAAAUAGAAA